GCCAUUAUUACCCAUCGGAGUUGUUCACAAAGUAGCAAACUGCAAUGGCCGGCGGCGGAAUCCAGACUUCUCCCGGCUCCAAUAAAGCUUACCCGGGAAACCUAACUCUAUACGUCACAUUUACUUGCAUUGUUGCCGGCAUGGGUGGCCUCAUUUUCGGUUACGAUAUCGGCAUCUCCGGGGGAGUGACGUCGAUGGAUUCUUUCUUAAAAGAUUUCUUCCCGUCGGUUUACCUGAAACAAGCAGCGGACACGACGACGAGCCAGUACUGUAAGUUCGACAGUCAGAUAUUGACGAUGUUUACGUCAUCUUUGUACUUGGCGGCACUGAUGUCAUCUCUGGUGGCGUCGACGGUGACGCGGAAGCUCGGCCGGAAACUGUCAAUGCUCUUUGGUGGCAUUCUGUUCAGUGUCGGAGCUCUGGUUAACGGGUGUGCGAUGGCGGUUUGGAUGCUCAUUUUGGGUCGGAUCCUACUUGGGUUUGGAAUCGGGUUUGCUAACCAGGCUGUGCCAUUAUACCUAUCUGAAAUGGCACCAUAUAGGUAUAGAGGGUCACUCAACAUCGGGUUCCAAUUAUCAAUCACAAUCGGUAUCUUCGUGGCAAAUAUAUUGAAUUACUUUUUCGACAAGAUCAAAGGAGGAUGGGGUUGGAGGUUGAGUCUCGGGGGCGCAGUGGUCCCCGCCUUGAUCAUAACGGCGGGGUCCCUUGUGCUCCCAGAGACCCCCAACUCCAUGAUUGAGAGAGGUAAUAUAGAAGAGGCUAGAGUUAAACUUAAAAGAAUUAGAGGCAUUGACAAUGUUGACGAAGAAUUUUAUGAUUUGAUCAUGGCUAGCGAAGCAUCGAAAAAAAUCAAGCAUCCUUGGAGAAAUUUGUUACAAAGGAAAUACAGGCCACAACUCACUAUGGCUAUAUUGAUUCCGUUUUUCCAACAAUUAACUGGGAUUAACGUCAUCAUGUUUUACGCCCCGGUUUUAUUCAAAACAAUCGGGUUUAAGGGACAGGCUUCACUUGUGUCUGCUGUCGUUACUGGUACUAUAAAUGUUAUUGCGACGUGUGUUUCAAUAUAUGGAGUGGACAAGUGGGGAAGAAGGUUUCUUUUCCUUGAAGGUGGCACUCAAAUGCUUAUAUGUCAGGUUGUUGUAGCAAUUUUUAUAGGGAUCAAAUUUGGAAUUGAUGGGAACCCGGGUAACUUGCCACAAUGGUAUGCCAUUGUGGUAGUGCUUUUCAUAUGCAUAUAUGUAUCUGGUUUCGCGUGGUCAUGGGGUCCAUUAGGUUGGCUUGUACCAAGUGAAAUCUUCCCGCUUGAAAUCCGAUCAGCUGCUCAAAGUAUCACUGUCUCCGUGAACAUGAUCUUCACAUUUAUUAUCGCCCAAGUGUUCUUAACAUUGCUUUGCCACCUAAAGUUCGGGCUGUUCCUCUUUUUCGCUUUUUGGGUGGUCAUUAUGACCGCAUUUAUAUAUGUGUUCUUGCCCGAAACAAAGAACAUUCCGAUUGAAGAAAUGGUGGUUGUGUGGAAGAAGCAUUGGUUCUGGUCAAGGUUUAUGGGAGAUGUUGAGUACCCAAGUGGAGUUGAAAUGAACAAAAGGGGUGAUUUGGUUCACAAAGUGUAAGAAAGGACAACCUUUAGGGACUUAG